GUAUCCCGCCUUAUCGAAAAUGUUUGUCCUCGGUUAUAAAAAAAGACUCAAAAGAGAAAUACACGGUAUUCAGCCAGGCUAGUGAAUGCCAGUCUCAUUAAACCACGACACUGUGAUGAAGAUGGACGGGAUUAUAUUUUAAAUGAAAGAUGGUCGAAGAUGAACUGAUAUUUGACGCUUGGAUUGCUAUGAUUGACACCAGGAUUGCUAUGGUUGACGCUUGAACUUCCUUCAAACCUUCCGUCAUUAUCAGAAUGAACGGAAUUUUAUUACCACUUUUCAUGUUACCCAUGAUUUGGGCUAAAAUUGUGAAGUUAGAGAUUGAGGAUUUCAAAUUAAAGAAACAUGAACCUUGGAUAAUACGAGAUGAUGUCGUCACGAGGUCACGUGCUUCCGGUCAGUUCUCCGUGCAUUUGUUCCAGAAUGACGUAGUGAUCGGAGAAUUCUGUUUACCUGGCUACAGAAAAGUAGAGUUAGUGAAUAUGAUGUACUCUAACGACGGUCCAACAGAUGUGAUAGACGUAAGUAUAAACCGGAAACAUGUUGGAAAUGCUCAAACAAAGAUGUUAAUUGGCGGGAAAUCAGGCUGGGAUGACUUUCGGUCAACGUGGAAUAUCGGUAAACCAAUGACAUUGCCACCUGGGCGCCACACCAUCAUCUUAAAUGUGACUUCGUCAGAUCGAUGGGGCACCGAAUUGGAUGUGAUUCUUUUCAAUAUUGAAGACGAUAAUCUUAGUGACAAGGCAUUUCGGUGUGCUUUAUUUUGCUUUGAAAACAUUGAUUACAGUGAUGUCAGUGGUCGCCGGGACGACGUUCCCAGCGCGAAAUUCGUCCAAUAUAGCAGGAGUGCGACCUGUGCCGAGGACGAUAAUAUCAAGAUUGCAAUUUAUCAUGAUACGGCUAGAAAAUUUCUAAUCACUGCAUCUGGACCCAGGUAUAGAUCCUUUAAAAAUGACAGAAACCCGACUUUCGAAGGAUGUCGGGCAACAAAUCCGAUAUGGAGGUUCGAUAAUGUUAGUGUAGAACCGUCUCGAGCGUCUGUGGAAUCUUCACGCGCACUUGUAAGAUUUGCAGGAAAAAAUGAAAACAUAGAGGUCACCGUGACCUUUGCGGCAAUAGAACGACUGAAAACAAGAGAUUUUGACACUAUGAAUAUUGGUUCAAAACUAUAUGUGAAAUUACGGAAUAUAUCAUCAGUUAUACAGGUUUUUGUGGCAUAUUUAGGACAGAACAGGACAUGGACAGACCUUUCAUGGCAAUCGUUUAAUCCUGAAAUACUAACCAGGAAUUGGUCUAUUCCGGAUUGGUCAUGGUCUAAACAAAGAGGAAAUCUAGUGAAACUAACCUUCGUGAGAACAUUAGCAGAAUCAGCCUCGCCAAUAUUCAUAGAAGAGAUAGGACUGAAGCAGAGACAACUUAACACUUCGAAAAAGUCCUUAUUUGAAAAUGAAGAAUUUAUCAUUGAAGGAGUUGAUCUUGAUUUUUGGUGGCAAAAAGAAAAACGCAUGACAGUCACGGUUCUUCAAACCGGAACUACUUACACAGAUGCAGACUGCAUCCUGAUACGUUACAAACAGCAAUGGAAGGCCGAUCGUCACUCCCGCAUAUUUCAGAUAUGUCAGGACGGUCAUAUUAAUCUUGCCCCUCCGGUACCUCACGGUCUUGACUGGAUUCCUUUCGGCUCAUCAGUCUUACUCGGACCUGCAGACCCACGAUUUACCCGUCCUUACACAGACAUCCAACAUAUCGAUAUUGACGCUAGGUUGGUAUCGUUAAUCGUACUCUAUCGAGAUAACUCUUCUCUGACGCUUUCCCUAAAACCAUCCUAUCUGGAAACCCGACUAUUUAUCGAGGAUGUAUUUGUCAGUAGUGAAAAACGGGCCACCCUCCCUCUGAUAACAUUCGUGUCCAUGUGGGUGACAGACGGCAACGCCGACGUAGAUCACGUUACCAUUAACGGCGACUCGCCACGACACAUUAUACAGCACUGGGGCGCCCUCUACGGAGUGUCUGCUACAUUCUUCCGGCAAUGCAUUUCGUCACACAACACACAGAGCCCGGAUAUACGCGUCGACGUUCUCGGUUAUGAGGAUGAAGCCAACUUAUAAUCUACAUGACAUACACUUCUCAGCGAUAAAUCGUUCAAAGACGAUAUACAUACAAGGAACAAUAACUCGUAUAUGAAUUGUUAAAGCCAUCAAACUACAUCACUUCACUUGCUUUUGUGAACGAUCCCGGCAUGUUGUAUUAAACCAUACAUUAUAUUUUUUUACACCCACAUAAGAUAUUCAUGUCCUGAUAAGCAAACACGACCGAAGAGAUACGCAUUUCUUUGGAUAAUAUGAACAUUGAUAUGAAAGUAGUUGUUUUUUGCCUUU